CAUUCCCCCAGCUUCUUAACGAAAGAGUCACGUCUUGAAAUUUCAGAGUCGGCUGUACCAGGCUUGCGCCUCCAGCUACAAGCAGCACACGAUCCUGAUGUUGGUCAGUUUUCUGUCCAGGAGUAUAAACUCAGUACGAAUGAUCAUUUUCGUUUGGAAGUUAAAGAUCGUGGAAAAGAUGGAAAAAUACCAAUAUUAGUUUUACUAAAGACGCUAGACAGGGAAACAAAGAAACGUCACAAGUUGCUUCUUUCAGCUAUUGAUGGAGGGAAACCAAGUAAAUCGGGAACAGCUGGAAUUACUGUUGAUGUCUUGGACAUUAAUGACAAUAUGCCAGUUUUCAACGAAGAUGCGUACUCCGUACUUUUGGAAGAAAACGCUCCCAUUGGCACGACAAUUAUAAAAGUAAAUGCUUCUGAUUUAGAUGAGGGUUCCAAUGGCGAGGUCAUGUAUUCAUUGGGCAAGAAUGUGAAUAGCAGAAUACGUGAACUUUUCCGUGUAGAUCCAAGCACAGGUGAAAUUACUGUUCAAGAUCUGAUAGAUUUUGAAGCAGAGGAAAGUUAUGAAAUUGAUAUACAGGCAUCUGAUAAAGGAUCAGCUCCUUUAAGAACAGACAAAAGUGUUCUGGUGAAUAUUGUUGAUUUGAAUGAUAACACCCCUCAGAUAGAGGUCACAUCGUUUUCAAAGGCAAUACCAGAGGAUGCAAGACUGGGAACCACUGUGGCCUUAAUCAGUGUUCUCGAUAAAGAUUCUGGUCUUAACGGGAAAGUUAUUUGCUCAUUUAAUGAAGAUGUUCCCUUUACUUUAUCGCCUUCAACACAAGACAACAUGUAUGCUAUAGUCACAAAAUCGCACCUGGAUAGAGAAAAGCAGGCCAUAUAUGAUGUGAGAAUUAUUGCAAAAGAUGCAGGUGUGCCGUCGUUGUCUUCUGAAAAAAGCAUUACUAUUGUUGUAUCCGAUGUGAACGAUAACAGUCCAGAGUUCUCAAUGAGUCCUUACACAUUUUAUGUACCUGAGAACAACUCUCCAGGAGCUUCAUUAUUUUCUGUGAGGGCAUCUGACCGCGACGAGGGUGAUAACUCUCGUAUUUUAUAUCAUAUUUUAAGAGAUGGAAAAGAUAAUACUAAAGUCCAUUCAUUUAAUCUUAAUAUUAACUCUGAAAACGGAGACAUUUUGGCGCUGAAAAGUUUUGAUUUUGAAACGCUGAAAACGUUCCAGUUCCAAGUGGUUGCCACAGAUUCUGGAGCUCCGUCACUCAGCAGCAACGUCACAGUCAACGUGUUCAUUCUGGAUCAGAACGACAACGCUCCAGUCAUCCUGUAUCCACUCAGCUCCAACGGCUCUGCUGAAGGUGUGGAGGAGAUUCCCCGCAAUGUCAACGCAGGACACUUGGUCACCAAAGUCAGAGCCUAUGACGCUGAUAUAGGAUAUAACGGAUGGUUGCUCUUCUCACUGCAGGAACUCACUGACCACAGUCUCUUUGGUCUGGACCGAUAUACAGGACAGAUCAGAACACUUCGCUCGUUCACAGAGACAGACGAGGCUGAGCACAAACUGGUCAUACUGGUCAAAGACAAUGGAAACGUGUCACUCUCAGCUACAGCUACUGUCAUUGUCAAACUUGUGGAGCCCAAAGAGGCUUUUGCAGCUUCUGAUGUCAAAAGUGCAGCAAAAGUUGAUGAUGAGGACAAUGUGACUUUUUAUCUCAUGAUAACUUUGGGCUCAGUUUCUGUACUUUUUCUCAUCAGCAUCAUCGUGCUGAUUGCAAUGCAGUGCUCCAAAUCCACAGACUAUACUUCUAAAUAUCUGCAAGAGACUAAUUAUGAUGGGACACUGUGUCACAGCAUCCAGUACAGAUCUGGAGACAAACGCUACAUGUUAGUUGGACCCAGGAUGAGCAUAGGAUCUACUAUAGUACCUGGAAGUCACGCAAAUACACUAGUGCUCCCUGACAGGAGGAGAACAUCUGAAGAGUCUGGUUAG